UCCGUUCCUUGUUCUUCCGGAGCGCGGGGCCCGCGGGGAGGGGUGGGGGCGCGCAUCGCGACCCCUCAGGGAGCUGCUCCGGGGUUGCAGGGGGCGAGGUGUCCGGACCGCGCGCCCCCGCCGCUCCUUUGCGUGGCGCUGUUGCGGGUGCGGGCCUGGCCGCGCGCCCUCCCUGACCCCUUGGUUCAUUGCUCCCGCGGCGGGACCCAGGGCCCAGCGCCCCCGGGGAGGCGCCCCCCAGCCAGGCCCGGGCCGGAGCGGCCGCCAUGGGGUGGGGGGGAGACGAGGGCUGCACCCCGCGCCCGCCCAUCCGUCCGCAGCCCGCGUCCACGCGCCGCGUGCUCGCCGUGGUGUUCGUCGGCCUGCUGCUGGACCUCCUGGCCUUCACCCUGCUGCUGCCCCUGCUGCCCCGGCUGCUGGAGAGCCACGGCCGUGCCCAUGACCCGCUGUACGGCGCGUGGCAGCGCGGGGUGGACUGGUUCGCCGCGGCCAUCGGGAUGCCGGCCGAGAAGCGGUACCACGGCGUCCUGUUCGGAGGAGUGAUCGGCUCGGCCUUCUCCGUCCUGCAGUUCCUCUCGGCGCCGCUGACCGGGGCCGCCUCUGACUGCCUGGGGAGGCGCCCGCUGAUGCUGCUGUCCCUGGCCGGCGUGGCCACCUCGUACGCGGUGUGGGCCGGCUCCCGGAGCUUCGCGGCCUUCCUGGCCUCCAGGGUGGUCGGCGGCGCGAGCAAGGGGAACGUGAGCCUCUCCACGGCCAUCGUCGCUGACCUGGGCUCGCCUCGGGCCCGCAGCCAAGGCAUGGCGGUCAUCGGGGUGGCCUUUUCCCUGGCCUUCACACUGGGCCCCCUGCUGGGCGCCUGCCUGCCCAUGACGACAGCGCCCUGGCUCGGCCUGCUCUUGGCCCUGGUGGACCUGCUGUUCCUCUUCUGCUUCCUGCCGGAGACGCUGCCCCCGGAGAAGCGGGCUCCAUCCAUCGCACUGGGCUUCCGAGCCGCCGCCGACCUGCUCAGCCCCCUGGCCCUGCUGCGCUUCUCGGCCGUAGCCCGUGGCGGUGAGGAGCCCCCCAAGCUGGGCCCCGCCGCGGGCCUCGACACCCUGCGACGCCUGGGCCUGGUCUACUUCCUCUACCUCUUCCUGUUCUCGGGCCUCGAGUUCACACUCAGCUUCCUGGUGCACCAGCGCUUCCAGUUCAGCAGCCUGCAGCAGGGCAAGAUGUUUUUCUUCAUCGGCCUCACCAUGGCCGCCAUCCAGGGCACCUACGCCCGGCGGAUCGGCCCCGGCCGGGAAGUGGCCGCCGUGAAGCGGGCCAUCCUGCUGCUGCUGCCGGCCUUCCUCCUCGUCGGCUGGGGGCGCUCGCUGCCCGUGCUGGGCCUGGGGCUGCUGCUCUACUCCUUCGCCGCGGCCGUCGUGGUGCCCUGCCUGUCCUCUGCGGUGGCCGGCUAUGGUGAGAGCCCUCCCCUCCGGGCAGGCGGUCAUGGGCGGCGGCGGCCGCUGACCUCGUGUCUCCCUCAGGCUCGCCAGCACAGAAGGGCACGGUCAUGGGCACACUGCGGAGCCUGGGCGCCCUGGCCAGGGCAGUGGGACCCCUGGCGGCGGCCUCAGUGUACUGGCUGGCCGGGGCCCAGGUCUGCUUCUCCGUCUGCUCGGGCCUCUUCCUGCUGCCCGUCGUGCUCCUGUGCAAGCUGAGCCACCCGGCGCGGCCCAAGGCCGAGUAGCUGAGCCGCGCAGCCGGAGCCUGGACGGCACCCCCACCCGCCCCUGCACCCACCAUGUCCGCCCCGGGGUG